UGGAAAUCUCCCAAAUUUGUUCGCUAUCAGAUCGGUGGCUGAAAACGGCUCCUUCAAAAUUGCCGCGAAACCCAGCGGUUUGCUAAAACCCUAACUCCCUUCCCUUACCUGGUCUCAUACUGAUCCUUCCAGUUCCAAUCAAUCCCUCCUUGCUCUAAUUUCGCAUUGUUCGAUAAAAAGACGGCGGGAUUUCUCCAAAUCCUGCUCCCAUUUCCAUGCUUAACCGCAUUCAUCAAUGGAGACCAUUCUAUUUGCUGAGGAAUUGUGGGAUGCUCGCUUCUUUUAGUUCCGUGAUCUUUGCUAGGCCUUCAGCUUCUGCCGCGCACCUCGAAGAAGAAUCCAUCAGUAUCGUUCUGAGCCAGAACGACCCAGUUCGUGAAAUUCUUACGGGUUUAAAUUUCUUUGGGUUUGGAGCAUAUACUGGUGGAUGUAACUUUCGAACUAUAGUUCCUACUUUGAGUGAAACUGUAGUGGAUGACGUUAUUGGUAGCUUGAAAACUCGUAAUACGGACUUUGCUGUGGCUUUUUUCUAUUUGUUAAGAAAUGAGUACAUGUUUCGGCAUUCCGAGUUCUCACAGUUUGCUGUCUCUCAUAUUUUGGCGGGUAAAAGACGAUUCAAGGAGUUGCAUUCCGUUAUGAAGCAAUUGCUCGAGGAUCAAGGGUCUGGUUCUGCACCUUCUUUUUGUGACCUGCUCUUAAACAAAUUCAGGAAUUGGGAUUCAAAUGGUGUGGUAUGGGAUAUGCUGGCAUUUGCGUACUCUAGACAUCAAAUGAUCCAUGAUGCCCUCUUUGUCAUCGCAAAGAUGAAGGGUCUAAAUUUACAAGCUUCAAUUCCAACUUAUAACUCUCUAUUGCACAACUUGAGGCACACAGAUAUUAUGUGGGAUAUAUACAAUGAAAUCAAAGUUAGUGGGACCCCUCAGAGUGAAUAUACUUCCUCCAUACUUGUACACGGCCUAUGUGAGCAAUCCAAGUUACGAGAUGCAAUUUCAUUUCUAGAGGACAGCGAUGAAGCAGUUGGACCUUCUAUUGUUUCAUUCAAUACCAUUAUGUCAAAGUUUUGCAAAAUGGGGCUAAUAGACGUUGCGAAGUCAUUUUUUUGUUUGAUGGUCAAGAAUGGACUUCUUCCUGAUUCGUACAGUUAUAAUAUUCUUAUUCAUGGGUUAUGUGUAGCAGGUUCCAUGGACGAAGCACUAGAAUUCACAGAUGACAUGGAGAAGCAUGGUGUGGAACCUGAUGUAGUGACGUACAACACACUUGCCAAAGGGUUUCUGUUACUUGGCUUGAUGAGCGGGGCCAGGAAAGUCAUACAAAAAAUGUUGCUAAAAGGUCUAAAUCCGGAUCUUGUCACAUAUACAAUACUGAUAUGUGGACAUUGUCAGACGGGAAACGUCGAGGAAGCCCUUAAGCUGCGUCAAGAAACCCUUUCAAGGGGUUUCAAGUUGAAUAUCAUUUCCUACAGUGUGCUACUCAGCUGCUUGUGUAAAGCUGGACGAAUAGAAGAGGCAUUGACGUUGCUUGAUGAAAUGGAAACUCUAUGUUUGAAACCCGAUUUUAUAGUAUAUUCAAUCCUCAUUCAUGGCCUCUGCAAGAAAGGGUUUGCACAAAGAGCUUACCAACUAUAUGAACAAAUGUGCCUGAAGAGAAUUUUUCCUAACUACUUUGCUCAACGUGCCGUUCUGUUGGGUUUAUUUGAGAAUGGAAAUAUAUAUGAGGCAAGAAAAUACUUUGAUGCUUUGAGUCAUAUGGAUCUGAUAGAGGAUGUUAUUCUUUAUAAUAUUGUGAUUGAUGGUUAUGUAAGACUUGGUGAUAUUGCUGAGGCUAUGCGCCUAUACAACAGAAUGAUUGAAAGGGGGAUUACUCCAAGUGUUGUCACUUUCAACACUCUUGUCAAUGGAUUCUGCAGAAGUGGAAACCUAGUUGAGGCUCGAAAAAUGUUAGAAACCAUCAGGUUGAAUGGAUUGCUGCCCAGUGUAGUAACUUAUACUACCCUUAUGAAUGCAUAUUGUGAAACAGGAAACAUGCAGGAAAUGUUUGGUCUUCUUCGUGAGAUGGAAGCAGAAGCCCUUGUUCCAACUCAUGUAACUUAUACCGUACUAAUCAAAGGACUCUGCAGACAGAAUAAGAUGAAUGAAUCCCUCCAGUUACUACAGUAUAUGUAUGCACAGGGCUUAAUGCCAGAUCCAAUCACAUAUAAUACUAUUAUCCAAUGCUUUUGUAUGGCUAGAGACAUUGCAAAAGCUUUUCAGCUGUAUGAUGAGAUGUUGCUCCAUAAUCUUGAUCCUACCCACGUAACUUACAAUGUCCUUAUUAACGGUCUUUGCUUAUAUGGUGACCUAAAGGAUGCUGAUCGAAUGCUGGUUUCUUUGGAGGAUCAAAAUAUUGGCUUGACAAGAGUUACUUAUAUGACGAUAAUUAAAGCACAUUGUGCAAAGGGUCAAGUGUCUAAAGCAUUGGAGUUAUUUAAUCAGAUGUUGGCGAGGGGUUUUGUUGUUUCCAUCAGAGAUUAUAGCGCUGUCAUUAAUAGGUUGUGCAAAAGGGGUCUAAAAACUGAAGCAAAGUGCUUCUUUAUUAUGAUGUUAUCUGAAGGCAUAUCUCCUGAUUCUGAAAUUUGUGAGACAAUGCUUGAUGCUUUUCAUCUGCAUGGUGAUUACAGUUCAGUGUCUGAAUUCCUGGCUGUGGUAGUUAAAUCCGGAUUUAUUUCACAUUGAUCCAUCAGAAGUGAUCAUUCUACACAUCUUGCUCAUGCAAAGAACUGAAUUCUGGCUUAAAAGGUUGGCAUUUGAGGAUGUGGGGGAUAUAUUUCCCUUUGCAGAAUAUAUCAAGCUUUAUCCCUCGGAUAAGGGACGGAAGGAAAAUCCUGUCAAUAGCCCUCAUCGGCUCUCCCAGCUCGGAGGCUGCAGCUUCUGAUCCUAUAGAGUGGUGACGACGAGCUGUGCCAACAACUAUAAGCUGAGCUUGAUUCCUUGCCGGUAGUUGAAGGUAAGGAGUUCUCGGAACCAAGAAGCAUCACGUUCUAAACUCCUUGUGGAGGGAGAGAAUAGCUCAUAAGCUCAAGAUCGGAAACCAGAUUUUGAAACAAGGCACGAAGAAGCGACUAUCACUCUUGAAGAGAUUUAAAGAUGAAUCAAUGAGUAUACUACUAGAUCUUGGAUGGCUCACGACAAAGAACAAAAAGUGUUACGAUUUUCUUUUUCUUUUUCUUUCAGCUAUUGCAUUGAUGCUUAGAAGCUGCUCUGAUCUUCAUGUAAAUAAAGACAUAAACAUAAACAUAAAUUAGCAUAUAGAUAUCAUCAUCUAUUAUGAGUUCAAAUAUAAUAGAAAAUAUGUUUGUAAAGCUAGGACGAAUAUUUGAUGUCAUACAGCAUAUCUUUUUUAUGUUUUAAAUCAUUUACACUGGGAU